AUGAAUCAAAUAGGGUUGAGGAAACGACUGAAUUGGAAGAAACUUCUAUAUCAGAACCAACCCUUUCCUGAUAAUUAUGUUGAUGAAUCGUUCUUGUCACAAUUGAAAAGAAAUGAAACCGUAAGACCUUACAAGUAUUGGGAGUUGGUUAAUGAUUUUUCCUUGAUACUAUUUCAUUUAACUAAUCUUACUUUGGUGAUUUUGAUUUUUGUCAGCAUUUAUCGAUUUGAUUGGGAUUCUACGUAUAUUGUUACUUCCAGUUCAACCAUAUCUUUAAUAGGGUAUGUUUUAUGGGAACUAAGGUUAAAUAGUACUAAUUCCAAAGUAUUGAAAAUCAAAUCUUUCACAUUAGUGAUUUUCAUGUUCUUAUUACUAUCGCCGGUGUUGAAAUCAUUAACUAGAUCCACAUCUUCAGAUUCCAUCUGGUCAAUUUCUGUGAUACUUUCAAUAUUCAAUUUAAUGUUCCAUGAUUAUGCUAUAAAUGUUCAUACACCAUUCUAUAAACCUAUUUUAUCAACAAACUUAUCCUUAUCCAAUGCAUUGGUUUUAGCAUCAAGAUUGAAUUCAACUUGGCAAGUUUUCUGUUUCAUAUUAUUCGCUAUUCAAUCCAAUACCUUAUUACCAUUAUUUGAUUUUAGUUUAAGAAGAUAUUCUCCCAAAUUGCAUUAUUUACUUUUCACUUGCUUAACUUUAGUUGUAGAGUAUUUAAUGGUUCAUUUAACGAAUUUGAAUGCGUUCUUAUUAUGGUCAAGUAUACAGAUAUUCAUCUUAUUGAUAUUACCAGGAUAUUUCCUUUUCCUUCAGAGAUAUAAAAAUGAACUCUCAGGUCCUUGGGAUAUUGCAAAACCUAUUAUUAGAUCCUAA